GAGACGAGAGAUCCGCGAGGAACAGACGACGCAGAGAUGCGGGAGAGAAAACACAGCUGAAACCCUCUCGGCUGUAAACCAUGACCGACAGAUAGAGAGAGAGAUAGAGGGAGAGAGAGAGAGAGACAUGGCCCUCUCAAACAUCUCCGCAGUGAAGCUGCACGUCCUGGACUGAAGACCAUGCUGGAUAAGAGCGAGGUGUCUACUCUGGCUCUGCCGCCCCCCGUGAGCCAUGGCGGGUCAGACGGGAACAUCAGCGUGGAGGCCGGGUCUGAGGGCGAGAUACAGCGGACGCGGGCGGCUCUCGAACACCUCCAGCAGAAGAUCCUGAAGAUCACGGAGCAGAUCCGCGUGGAGCAGGAGGCCCGGGACGAUAAUGUGGCUGAGUACCUCAAACUGGCCCACAACGCCGACAAGCAGCAGGCGUCGCGCAUCAAACAAGUGUUCGAGAAAAAGAACCAGAAGUCUGCGCAGACCAUCGCACACCUGCACAAGAAGCUGGAGCACUACCACAAGAAGCUCAAAGAGACCGAACAGAACGGUCCAGCACGGCAGCCCAAAGACGUCCUGCGGGACAUGCAGCAGGGGCUGAAGGAUGUGGGAGCCAAUAUGCGAGCAGGAAUCAGCGGUUUUGGAGGAGGCGUGGUGGAGGGAGUGAAAGGCGGAGUCUCGGCGCUCACACACACCGCCGUCGUCUCCAAACCCAGAGAGUUCGCCAGUCUCAUUCGGAACAAGUUCGGAAGCGCCGACAAUAUCGCACAUAUGAAGGACACUCUGGAGGACGGACACGCGGAGGAGACGCCCAGAGCUCUGAGCGGCAGUGCUACGCUAGUCUCCAGCCCCAAAUACGGCAGUGAUGAUGAGUGUUCCAGCGCCACCUCUGGAUCCGCAGCGGGCAGCAACUCUGGCGGAGCCGGCGGCGCCCUGUCGGGAAUGGGAGCAGCCAUGGGCAGCCCUCGACUGGACGGACACCACCACCACCAUCACCACCACCACACCUCGUCCUCCUCCUGGGACGCGCUGCUGGAAGGCCUGCAGGAGAUCAAGGUGGGUCAGGUGCACAUGGAGGACGCCAUCGACGACAUGAAGGCGCAACUCCAGAGCGACUACAGCUACAUGACCCAGUGCCUGCAGGAGGAGCGCUACAGAUACGAGCGGCUGGAGGAGCAGUUGAAUGACCUGACAGAGCUUCACCAGAACGAGAUGAGCAAUCUGAAGCAGGAGCUGGCCAGCAUGGAGGAGAAGGUGGCGUACCAGUCGUACGAAAGAGCGAGAGACAUCCAGGAGGCGGUGGAGUCCUGCCUCACCCGCAUCACCAAGCUGGAGCUGCAGCAGCAACAGCAGCAGGUGGUGCAGCUGGAGGGUGUGGAGAACGCAAACGCCCGCGCGCUGCUGGGAAAGCUGAUCAACGUGAUCCUGGCGCUGAUGGCGGUGCUGCUGGUGUUCGUCUCCACCAUGGCCAACUUCAUCACGCCGCUCAUGAAGACGCGGGCGCGGGUCGGUGCCACCGUCGCCCUGGCGCUCUUCCUGGUCACACUGUGGAAACACUGGGACUGGCUGGAGCUCUGUUUGCUGCCCAGCUGAAAGACCUACGAAAUGCACAACAUCGGAACUUCGAUUCAUCCCCAUUAUUGGAGCAGAUGUGCACGAGAGCUUGAAGGAUGUAUAAAAACGAUCCCUCCAUUGCUUCAGUGCGGAGAUACGAGGCUCGAAGAAGGUGCUCGACGUUUCUCCUCUGAAUGGAUUCCCUUUUUUUACAGCAACUGAUGAAUGUUAAAGCUGGAGAGCGAGAGAGAGAGUGGUCUUCUGCUGAUGCAUGGCUUUAAUACAUUACACCGUCAUGUUUCAGAUCCAGACGUCUGAAGGAACUCUACAACGCUGACACCAAAACUGUCCGGGAAGUGUGUUGCGUUUAGUUUAUUCCGUCUCUUGUGGAACUCAAUGUCUGUUGUAAAAAAAAUAUCUCUUUA